CUCAGCUGUUAUUAUUUAUAACGUAGGCGGUGAAGGGUGUAGGACAGGUCAAAAUAAUGUAAACAUUGGGUCCGUGCUAUUGUUUGACACGACUGUGCCGUUUCUUUAAAGAGCCUAUAAAGGGCAGAAAUUAUCUAACACUUACAAAGAGCAGUUCAACAAUAAACUCUGUAAAUAUGAGGAGCAGGAGUAAUUCAGGUGUUAGGUUAGAUUAUUACCAACGAAUUGUACAAAAAAUUAUUAUGAGCCAUCAACAUCCUGUGACAGGAUUGUUCCCAGCAAGCCCUGAAAAUAAUCAUGCAUGGAUACGUGACAAUGUGUACUGUAUUUUGGCUGUAUGGGGUUUAUCAAUGGCCUAUAAGAAAAAUGCAGACAUGGAUGAAGACAGAGCAAAGACCUAUGAGUUGGAGCAGAGUUGUGUGAAACUUAUGCGUGGUCUGUUAAUGGCCAUGAUGCAACAGAAAGAUAAAGUGGAGAAAUUUAAAUCAAGCCAAAACCCACUUGAUUCACUACAUGCAAAGUACAGUUCAAGUACAGGACAAACAGUCGUGGCUGACACUGAAUGGGGCCAUUUACAGUUGGAUGCUGUUUCCUUGUACCUACUGAUACUUGCUCAGAUGACUGCUUCAGGUCUGCAGAUUAUUUUCAAUUUGGAUGAAGUGGCAUUUAUUCAGAACCUGGUAUUUUACAUUGAAUCGGCAUAUUGUACACCGGAUUAUGGCAUAUGGGAAAGAGGUGACAAAACUAAUCAUGGUCUUCCUGAAUUAAAUGCUAGUUCAAUUGGCAUGGCAAAAGCUGCCCUUGAAGCAAUGAAUGAGUUGGAUUUAUUUGGUGCACGUGGAGGGCCUUCCUCAGUUAUACAUGUUCUUGCUGAUGAGGCUCAAAAGUGCCAAGCUGUACUUCAGUCUAUGUUACCUCGAGAAUCAAACUCAAAGGAGUUGGACAGUGGAUUGUUAUCAAUUAUUAGUUUCCCUGCGUUCGCAGUGGAUGAUCCGCAAUUGAUCCAGCUGACACGUUCAGCCAUUGUGUCAAAGCUACAGGGGCGAUAUGGUUGCAAACGUUUCUUAAGAGAUGGGUAUAAAACACCAAAAGAGGAUCCAAACCGCUUGUACUAUGAGCCUUGGGAACUGAGAAUGUUUGAAAAAAUAGAAUGUGAAUGGCCAUUGUUCUUCUGUUAUUUGAUACUUGACUACUGCUUUCAAGGAAAUAAAGAAGCUGUCACAGAAUACGCAGAAGCAUUGGAAGAGAUAUUGAUUCGUACAGAGGAUGGUCUACGACUGGUGCCAGAACUCUAUGCAGUGCCUGGUGACAAAGUGUCUGGAGAAUAUCAAGAACCAGGAAGCCAGAAACGCAUUGCCGUCGGUCGUUGUCCUUUUAUGUGGGCACAGUCUUUAUACAUUCUGGGCAAGCUUCUGCAAGAGGGUUUCCUGGCAGUUGGAGAGCUUGAUCCGUUAAAUCGCAGAUUGUGCUCUGAAAAGAAACCUGAUGUUGUUGUGCAGGUUGUUAUAUUAGCUGAAAGUGAUGACAUCAGAGAAAAAUUAGCACAACAUGAUAUUACUGUCCAAACAAUAGCUGAAGUUGCUCCCAUAGAAGUUCAACCUGCACGUGUUCUGAGUCACUUAUAUACAUAUCUUGGUCGAAACAAGAAAUUGGGACUUACAGGCCGUAAAUCUCAUGAUGUUGGUAUUUUGAGUACAAGCAAGUUGUACUCACUUCAUGACCGUAUCUUUGCAUUCACACCACAGAAGUUUGACACGGAACAAUAUUACACGGUAAAUGAUGUUGACCUGCUCAUCAACAAUUUCAAGAAUGACCUAGCUUUUCUUACCAUGAAUUGGCGACACAUGCUGGGGAGGCCGACAGUCACAAUAAUUGGCCACAAUGGCUUGCUAGAUCAGGGAAAAAUACCACUUGCAUUGGUGACUACUAUGAAGAAACUGAAAAGUGGCUACAUUAAUGGAACAAGAGUGACUUUGGGCUUCUUGAGAGAUUUUCUAAACACUUCUUGUAUAACAAACUUGAGUUUUCUUGGUAGUCAGGAAGAUGGAAUGCCUGAUCGUUUGAACCCUCAAGUUUAUAAAUAUCUGGAAGAGCACUUACUUAAAUCAAUUACACCACGUUCAACACUUCUAAGCCGUACACCCACAAAAAAGGGCCGCAAUUACAGAAGACGUAUGUCAGUGAAAGGAGCUAUCAAGAAAACAAGAUCCAUAGCAGUUGAACCUGAAUCUCUUAGCCUGCAGCCAGAUGAGAGACGCCAGUCUGUUAUGCACAUACCACAAGCAGACUUGGAAAUAAUAAAGAAAGAAGCUCGUUCACCUUCACCAGAAGAGCCUUUAUGGAAACAACAGACCACUUCAUUCCAUAGGCAUAGAGGUGCAUCAGAAACUCAGUAUGCAGACACAGAAGUGGAGGAGCUGCUUACAAUGCUUAGAGAGACUGAAAACCUUGAGGAGCAAGGUGAUAUACUGCAGUAUUUGGUGGAUUCUCAAGGGUUGAAUUUCAAUACAGGAAUGGAGGAAGACAAGAAGCCUGUUACCGUGAAGGAUUUAUUAAAGGUGUUGUAUGAAAAGGCUUGCCAGCAAAAGUUGUGGGGAUUAGUUCGCCAUACAGCUGGAAUGCUUGGAAAACGGGUUGAAGAUCUUGCCAAGGCUGUCACUGAUUUGCUGGUUCACCAGAAGCAGGUCACAGUUGGUAUGCCACCAAAUAAUGAACACACUAUAACGGCACCACUUCCUGAGAUGGAACUGAGACAAGUUAUUCAUCAAGCUUAUGGUGAUGACGAAAGUACAGCAAUGCUUACACAGGAACUUUUGGUCUACUUAGCCAUGUUCAUAAGGACAGAGCCUCAGCUGUUUCUAGAAAUGUUGAGAUUACGUGUUGGGCUUAUAAUACAGGUAAUGGCUACAGAACUCUCCCGCACACUCAUUUGCACUGGAGAGGAAGCCUCAGAACAUCUGCUUAAUUUGUCACCAUUUGAAAUGAAAAAUCUGCUUCAUCACAUCUUAAGUGGAAAAGAGUUUGCUCUAAGCAGUGUUGGACAUGGCAACUUCUCCGUAAUCAGCAGCAAAUCGAGCCGUGUUAGUAAGAAGAGUCAGAUUGGUAUCUUGCUGGGCUCAGACCUGGAAGGGAAAGAUGAUGUGGAGCCAGAUCGGCAGGGCCAGUGGCUUCGUCGGCGAAGACUAGAUGGAGCAUUGAACAGAGUUCCACGAGACUUUUAUCCUCGAGUAUGGGGAGUCCUAGAACGCUGCCAGGGAUUAGCUAUUGAAGGACAAGUCUUACCUCAGCAUCUGACUCAAGAGAUGACUUCAGGAGAACUUAAGUUUGCAUUGGCAGUGGAAACUGUUCUUAAUACUAUUCCACAACCCGAAUAUCGCCAGCUGAUUGUUGAAGCUUUGAUGGUACUGACCUUGGUUGCUGAAUAUAAUGUGGCUGCCUCUUUAGGAAACAUAAUAACAGUGGAGAGUCUUGUACACAAAGCGAAUCAAAUAUUUCUGGAAGACCAGAUGAGAGUGGAUGGUGAUGCUACGUUGUGUUGUGCGAAGCCUCGAGAACAACGUGAAAUGAUGUCUACGGGUGGGUUGCUGUGUGGUGGAGCAGCAUAUAUCUGUCAACAUUUUUAUGACAGUGCCCCUAGUGGUAGUUAUGGAACCAUGACAUAUGUGACAAGAGCUAUUGCAAGCCUACUGGAUUGUCUGCCGCGUGAAGGAGAUAUGGACUGUACAAUUAGUUAAGAGCAAAAGAAUCUUAAGCAAUGAUGUGUAAAACACAAACUCCAAAGCAUCCUCCUCGCCAUUUAGUUGUACUUCCUUGAUUAUGUGCUACCUCAGAAAACAAAGUGCCAUAGUUUUGAAGACUAAUGUAUUUCAUGCAGAAAACGUUGAUAAAUGCGAUAACAAUGUCAUUUUUGCGAAUAGCUGUAGACUAAUAAGACCAGGUAUUGUCAGAAUACAUUGAAAAAUUUAUUUGUUAAUAGAUUCCCACAUUUUUAAAACACAAAACAUACAUAUUUUAUUAACUCUACAGUCUUAAAAAUAAAUAAAUAAAAUAAAAAAUUACUGAUUGA